AUGGAUUCUGUUGCUGAAAUCUUGUCUGAACUGCGUGAACGAUAUCAUCAUGGAGAUGUGUUUCGUAUCUCUGAUUUGCAAGAAGAGAUCUAUGGCCUCCGUCAAGGUGACUCUUCGAUUACAUCUUAUUAUACACGGUUAAAGAAACUUUGGCAAGAGCUUGAGAAUUUUCGUCCCCUACCUUCUUGUACCUGUGCAAUCAAAUGCUCUUGUGCCCUGAUUCCCAAAAUUCGUGAGUACCGGGAUGAGGAUUAUGUGAUUCGAUUUCUUAAAGGUCUAAACGACCAAUAUUCUAGUGUUCGGUCCCAAGUCAUGCUCAUGGAUCCCUUCCCUAAUAUCAACAAAGUGUUUUCAUUGUUAGUGCAGCAAGAACGUCAAAUCUUUCCUAAUUCUGAAGAAAUUCCAACCAUUGCUAAUGUCUCCAACUCUAAUCGUGCUAAUUCAAGGGGGCAUGGUGAUACUCGUGGUCGUUCAUCUGGCAGUAGUGGUCGUCCCUCAAGAUAUUGCUCUCACUGCCACCGUUCAGGUCACACUGUUGACGUUUGUUUCCGCAAACAUGGUUUUCCUCCUCAUUUUCGCAAGAAUGGAAAUUCUUCUGCCAAUAAUUGUGUUGCAUCUGAUGUUGAUAAUGACGAUAAAAAAUCCAGUUGUGCUGAUGAUUCUCUAGGUGAUUUUCCCCAUUCUGGUUUUACUACUGAGCAACAAAAGGCUUUAUUGGCGUUAUUAUACACAUCUCAAACUAGUUCUUCUCCUGUCGUGAAUCACCUCUCUAAUUAA